AUGACCAGGGGUGCCACAUUUUCUUUACUGAUGCAUUGGCGAAAAGAAGGAUAUGUAACAGAAGUCAAAGAUCAAGGUCAAUGUGGUUCGUGCUGGGCGUUCUCUGCGACAGGUUCAUUGGAAGGGCAGCAUUAUAGAAAAUAUAUGGAACUUGUUUCAUUAUCUGAGCAAAAUUUAGUUGAUUGCUCUCGACUGUUCGGUAAUAUGGGAUGUAAUGGUGGCUCGAUGGCUUUAUCUUUUCUGUAUAUCAAAGAGAAUAAAGGAAUUGAUAUAGAAAACACUUAUCCAUAUGAAGCCAUGGAUGGGAGAUGUCGAUUUAACAAGCAAAAUGUUGGCGCAAAUGAUACUGGUUUUGUUCAAAUAAAACAUUUUUCAGAAACAGAUCUAGAAACAGCCAUCGCUACAGUUGGUCCAGUUUCGGUUUCGAUCGAUGCCAGUCGAGAUUCAUUCCAGUUUUAUUCAACAGGUGUUUACAACGAACCUACCUGUUCAUCAAUUAAAUUAGAUCAUGGUGUAUUAGCAGUUGGUUAUGAUACGUAUAAAGAUACACAAGAUUAUUACAUUGUUAAAAAUUCUUGGGGUAAAGGCUGGGGAGAUGAAGGUUACAUAUGGAUGAGCCGUAAUAAGAAAAAUCAAUGUGGUAUUGCAUCAGAUGCAUCAUACCCUCUUGUUUAAAAAAUAUCAAUGAAAACUCAUCAUUUUACUCGUACUAGCAACAUGUUUUUUUUCUGUUUGUAAACGAAAUGUAGAUCCUUUUAUUGAAUAUAAUAACAUCAGUUCAAAUACUCAUAAGGUGUUUUCGUUGGGGUAAUAACGCGUUAAUGUCCGUUUUUUUAGUGGACGGUAACGUGCGUUACCAGCAUACUUUUCUUGUUACAAAUACUUUAAGGCGAUAUAAAGGAUCGAACAAUGCAUCGUAUUGUCAUGGUCUUGAAAAAUAGUUACGUUAUUGCAAGAUAGUCUUACACUGUAAAAAAUAAAGUAUGUUAGUAGGUGUGUAAAUCUUCUAAACGUUUACCCGACAUCGAAAAGUGUGUACCUUCUCUAGAUCGUCAAUCUCAGUUUGUAAAGGGCUAGGUAUGUUAAAAAGAUUUUUUAUUUUUCAUUUUUCUCUUGAACUACUGCAUCAAAUGAAAAAAAUAAUUUCAGAACCAUAAUCACCAUCUUCGAAAGUUAUAUGCUGCCAUUUCCAGCAAAAACGGAUAAGAAAAAACAGUGAAAAAAACAUCCUCAUAUGGUAGAUCUGAAUAAUCGAUUGAUGAAUCUGAGGCAUUUCCAGCACAGAUGGUUUAGACAAGUGCACUGUAUCAGUGAUCUUAUGAGGGAACCUAUUGAGGUUAUAAAUCACUUUUGAACUCGGACUACUUGUAUCUUGUAGACCUCAGUGAGUAGUGAAAUACCCUAAGUUGGUUCAUCCCCAUGAUGCUUUGUUGCUGAGAUAUUGAAUUUUUAGUCAGU